AUGGUUGCCGCCGGACAGUCCAUCCGGACUGAGGAUACCGUCGUCUUCUACAUUCCGCGAACAUGUGCCGUGUUGGGGGCAGGGGGUCUUGUUCGGAGGCAACUGAAAAAACCGGUGAAGCAUGCAUUCUUGCAUGUUUCGGGGCGCGUGGGAAGGAGGGCGACAGAGAGAGAGAGUCCGCUCAUGAACGCCUAUCAAAUUGGCCGAAGCCCCAGGGCCCCUGCAACCCCAGGCUCAGGUCAUCUCCGCCCGGAGACCGGAUCGGCCCAGCCCACUCGGGCUGGCAGGCUUGCAAUUAAACUGUGCUCACGUCUGGCCUGCUCGCGCCGCCCAGCUUCGCAACGAGGCCUCGACUUAGCCCCCGUACCGGCCAAAAGGCUACCGAUGCGCCCGAAUGCCCCUUUUAAUGCUCCCACAGUUGCUACAGCCAUUUGCAUCGAUGGCAAACGGAGUGGCGGUGUUGCCCGAGAAUGGGGCUUGGUAAGCUGA